UGCAUGCAUUAUAGAUCAGGAACUAUUCAGAGACAAUUUAGUGUUUGUUAUUGGAAUGAAUGGUCGACUAUAUCAGUAUAACAAAGUGACUGGAUUGUGGCAUGAGCAUCACCAGUCUCAACAUUUGAUUCUAUCAAGAUUGCCAGGAACUGCUAUGAGGCCAUCAUUGCAAUCAUUGACAGGCUCACUUUUCAUGCUUAUGGAAGAUGGAGGACUAGUUGAAUAUCAUUGGAACACAUGGGAUGGGUGGAAUUGGGUAGAACAUGGCACUCCAUCUAAAAGUGUGACCUUAGUCAGUUCACCUGGCCCUUGCUUUCAAGGUAAUCAAUUGUUUUUGGUUGGCUCAGAUGGAAAUGUGUAUUUGAGGUACAUGGACCAGCUGACGUGGAGAUGGAAAAACUGUGGUUUUCCUAAUCUUGGAAAGAUAAUAACUGAAGAUCAAAUGCAAGUUGGAGGCGAAUAUAGGGAUGACGUUUGUAUUGACAAAGAUUUGGCAGCUAGCUUGGAGAAGGAUUCAGGAGAGCUCAAAGAUGCCCAAACAAACUGUGACCCGAAGGUGGCAUCUACGAGACCAAUUCCAUUUUCAGAGGAUUCAGUAAUCUUUGAGCUAAGAGAUGGCAGAUUGGCAGAAAUGCAGCAAAUAGAGGAGACACAAUGGAUUUGGUCUCGAAUUAUUGGCACUCCAACAAGCUUAUGCAUAGCCGAUUAUUGGACUGCUCUGGCAUCAUGAAGUUAAGAGACUUAGUUAAACUUGAAAAUGGGAAAGCAUCGAUAUACUGCUUCACCGUCAUGAAGCUAAUAAAAUACUGAAGCUCAAUACACAGCUUGCAUCAAGAAAAACCAAUAUAAGCAAUCAUGCCUUAUGUUCCUUUAGUAUAGAGAUAUAUAGUAAGGAAGACAAACAAGAGGAACUUUAUAGACCACUCAGCUCUCUGUACAGUGAAAGAAUUCAAUGAAAGGUACUAUCUAAUAUAUCAUCAAUCAGCAGGUAUAUUUUUCCACGAGGUAAAGGCUUGGUGAUAGGGAAGUUUCAAAUAGAACCUGACACUUGAUCAUUGAAGAACAUGAAAAACCUAUGCAAACACAAUCCUAAUCCCUAUACAUUUCAAGCUCCUUUCAAUAAUUAUAAUCAACGAAAUUUUCAUCAGAUAUUAAUUUCCCUAAAUGUGAAAUGUAUCUGGAUGGUUUUCAAGAGUGAUUAUCAGGAUGGUAAAUAGUAUGCUGAAUUAUGGUACUUUCCUCUUGCUUGGAUAAA